AUGGUUAAUUAUUCAUUUUUUCUUCACUUCGAAGCAUUAACUGGUUACCAACCGACAUCAAAAUUUAGUAUUUUCAAUCGCAAUGGUGAACUAUUAUUUAAUGCAAAUGAAGAUUCGACUUGUUGCCAACGUUGUUGGUGCACCAAUAGUCGUGAAUUUACACUUUAUAUUCGAGAUACUGCUGAUAACGAAGUUAUUCGAAUGUCACGUGCAUUAAAAUGUUGUUGUGUAUGCUGUUGGUGUGGCGAUUGUGAGAGCUGUAAACAAGAAAUCAUAGUAGAAUCACCACCGUCAACUAUUAUUGGGAGUGUUACUCACGAAGGAAGUCGAUGUCGAAUGCGAUAUACUCUACGAGAUGCUAACCGUACAAAUGUGAUGGGCAUUAUCGGUCCUCGUUGUAUCUGUGAUGGAGAUUGCAGUUGUUGUUGUGACAAUGAGUUCGCAAUUUAUGGCAAUGAUGGUAUAACAAAGAUUGGUGGCAUUCGUAAAAAAUAUGCUGGCUUUAUUAGUGAGGCUUUUACAAGUGCUGAUUCAUUCACAUUGGAAGUUCCAAUGGAUUUGGAUGCCAAAAUGAAAGCGGUUGCUCUCGGUGCUGUCUUUCUAAUUGAAUUCAUGUGUUUCGUCUACAAGCCUCGUAAUAACUAA